UGUACAUCGAUUACCCCUCAGGUACUUACAGUUGUUUUGCCCACAAACACACACGUCAAAGUAUCUCAGAACGUGUUCAAAAUCAUUAGCCUAGCAGCGCGACGCUCCCGACUGGAAAUCAGUCACUCAGCCAAUUGGCAUUGCCUAGCAGAAUUGAGAUUUUUCAAAACUGCCCCGCCAUGUUGUUAUUUUGAGUUAACGAGGACCCACGUCCAGAAAGGGUGCUAGCUGGACAGCUAUAACUUUGAAAUCACCACUAACAACUACUUUUUCCAACAGGAUCAUGGACUCCAUGGAAGUUCGUUUCGACCACCUGCGUCAGCGUGACGCCAGUGUGGACAUGCUGCGGGUGUAGAUGUUUCGGAGACGGUCGCAGUCCCAGAAGGUGAACCGAGACAAGGCCCUGAACAGCCGCAGACAGCUUGACAAUCUCCCCGAGUUUGAAUGUUCUCAACUGGACAUGUCGGUUGCGGAAAAUGUGUCAGUAGUUCAGGAAAAUGUACCGAAUGCAAAGCAAGUGAAAAACGCUGCAGUGGAGGAGCGAAUGAAAAAGCUUGCCCGCUACAAAGAGAAGAAGGAGCUUGUGAAGGAGAAAGAAAAGAGGGCAAGGGAGAAGAAGGGGGUGUUCACGGUUGGGCUGUACCGGCCAGAGGCUCAGCCCCUGGUCCCUCUGCCGCAGGCCCCAGCUGCCACAAUCAAAGCCAGGGCAACAACGCCAGUGGUCCAGCCCCAAUCCACCAGAGUGACUCGCUCCACCAUGAGGCAGCAGGCCCCCAAGCCUAUUGACACUCUCCCAGUUUCAAGAAAAGUUGAACCAGUAGUCAGAGCCCCAUCCACAAGUUCAGCUAAUAGGCCUCGGGUCUCUGUGGCCCCUGUGGCAAAGGACAAACCUGCUCCAGCUUCCAAGACCAGAUCAAAUGCCAAGCAGUCUGCAGCACCACCUGUUGGCAGAGGGAGGAACACCAGGGGAAAUGCUAUGAGCAAUAAGCAGGCUGCUGUGAAAGUGGACAAGCCAUUAGAGGAGCCUAGGGCUGCCAGCCCCACACCCCCUAGUGCAGAGGAGCAGACCUUGUUCAUCCAGGUCCAGAACCUGUCUCAGCCCAGGCUGACUGCAUCCCCCCUUCAGCCCGCACCUUGUCCUCAUUCACCCCCCAGGGCUUUGUGUUCCAGGCCCCAGCAGGCCUGUCCUCCUUCAACCCCAACCCUCUCACUCCCGCUCUGCAGACUCCUUUUUCAAACCCAGUGUCUCAGUUCUACACCUUGUUCCACUCUGGCCCUCUGAUAACCUGGUGCCCAAAAUGGAGCUCAUUGCUCUCUCUCCUGCCAAGUCCCCUGCCCACUCCCCACCUCGC